CGGCCUGGUCCUACACCGCCCAACCUGGGUGGCCGAGGGCCCGCUGUUUCCGGUGCCUGGUCAGCAGCAGCGGCUGCAUUCUAACAGGAGACCGCGGCGGCCGGGGGAGCAGCGACUGAAGGCUUGGGAUGCUGGCUGGAGGCUGGCGGGUGCUCUGAGGCCCCGGCAGUGCCGCCCACCAUGGACCCGGACCCCCAGGCAGGCGUGCAGGUGGGCAUGCGCGUGGUGCGCGGCGUGGACUGGAAGUGGGGCCAGCAGGACGGCGGCGAGGGCGGCGUGGGCACGGUGGUGGAGCUCGGCCGGCACGGCAGCGCCUCGACUCCCGACCGCACCGUCGUCGUGCAGUGGGACCAGGGCACCCGCACCAACUACCGCGCCGGCUACCAGGGCGCGCACGACCUGCUGCUCUACGACAACGCCCAGAUAGGCGUCCGGCACCCCAACAUCAUCUGCGACUGCUGCAAGAGACACGGGCUGCGCGGCAUGCGCUGGAAGUGCCGCGUGUGCUUCGACUACGACCUGUGCACGCAAUGCUACAUGCACAACAGGCACGACCUGGGCCACGCCUUCGAGCGCUACGAGACCGCGCACUCGCGCCCUGUCUCGCUGAGUCCCCGCCAGGGCCUCCUGCGGGUCCCCCUGAGGGGCAUCUUCCAGGGCGCGAAGGUGGUGCGCGGCCCGGACUGGGAAUGGGGCUCACAGGACGGAGGGGAAGGGAAGCCCGGCCGCGUGGUGGACAUCCGUGGCUGGGACGUGGAGACGGGCCGCAGCGUGGCCAGCGUGACGUGGGCUGAUGGCACCACCAACGUGUACCGCGUGGGCCACAAGGGCAAGGUGGACCUUAGGUGUGUGGGCGAGGCGGCCGGCGGCUUCUACUACAAGGAGCACCUCCCGAGGCUUGGGCAGCCUGCCGAGCUGCAGCGCAGGGUGAGUGCCGACGGGCGGCCCUUCCAGCACGGGGACAAGGUCAAGUGCCUGCUGGACACGGACGUCCUGCGGGAGAUGCAGGAAGGCCACGGUGGCUGGAACCCCAGGAUGGCGGAGUUUAUCGGACAGACGGGCACCGUGCACCGCAUCACCGACCGCGGGGACGUGCGUGUGCAGUUCAGCCCCGAGACCCGCUGGACCUUCCACCCCGGGGCUCUCACCAAGCACAACACUUUCUGGGUGGGCGAUGUGGUGCGCGUCCUCGAUGACCUGGACACCGUGAAGCGGCUGCAGGCCGGGCAUGGCGAGUGGACGGACGACAUGGCCCCCGCCCUGGGCCGCGUGGGAAAAGUGGUGAAGGUGUUUGGAGACGGGAACCUACGUGUGGCGGUCGGCGGCCAGCGGUGGACAUUCAGCCCCUCCUGCCUGGUGGCCUACCGUCCCGCCGAGGACGCCAACCUGGCCGUGGCCGAACGUGCCAGGGAGAACAAAAGUGCGGAGCCCGCCUGGGGCCAGCGGGAGGCGGGGCUCCCUCGGCCACCACUCACCACAGCCCCGCCCUCAGGCUCCCUGAGCGCGGCCCUGGACAAGCUCAGGGCCCAGAAGAGUGACCUGGAGCACCCGGGGAGGCUGGUGGUGGAGGUGGCCCUCGGCAACGUGGCCCGGGCCCUGGAGCUGCUGCGGAGGCACCCGGAGCAGGUGCGUGCUCCCCGUCCUGCCGCCCGGCCGAGGGCCAGGAGCUCGCCUGCUGACGGCUGGUCCUCCUGGCAGGUGGACACCAAGAACCAGGGCCGGACUGCCCUGCAGGUGGCUGCCUACCUGGGCCAGGUGGAGCUGGUGCAGCUGCUACUGCAGGCAAGGGCCGGCCUGGACCUGCCGGACGAGGAGGGCAACACGGCGCUGCACUACGCGGCCCUGGGGAGCCAGCCGGACGUGGCCCGGCUACUCCUGAGCGCAGGGUGCGGGGCCGACGUGGUCAACAGUGCCCACAGCUCGGCGCUGCACGUGGCCGUGCAGAGGGGCUUCCUGGAGGUGGUGAGGGUCCUGUGCGAGCAAGGCUGUGACGUCAACCUGCCUGAUGCCCACGCGGACACGCCCCUGCACUCUGCCAUCUCGGCGGGCACGGGCGCCAAUGGUAUCGUGGAGGUCCUCACCGAGGUGCCGGGCAUCGACCUCACUGCCACCAACAGGCAGGGCUUCACGCUGCUGCACCACGCGUCCCUGAAGGGCCACGUGCUAGCUGUCAGGAAGAUCCUGGCCCGGGCACGGCAGCUGGUGGACGCCAGGAAGGAAGAUGGCUUCACCGCGCUGCACCUGGCCGCCCUCAACAACCACCGCGAGGUGGCCCAGAUCCUGAUCCGGGAGGGCCGCUGUGACGUUAACGUGCGGAACCGGAAGCUGCAGUCGCCGCUGCACCUGGCCGUGCAGCAGGCCCACGUGGGGCUGGUGCCGCUGCUCGUGGACGCGGGCUGCAGCGUCAACACCGAAGACGAGGACGGGGACACGGCCUUGCACGUGGCCUUGCAGCGUCACCAGCAGCUGCCCCUGGUGGCAGACGGGGCCGGGGGGGACCCGGGGCCCUUGCAGCUGCUGUCCAGGCUGCAGGCCUCUGGCCUCCCGGGCAGCGAGGAGCUGACCGUGGGCGCGGCGCUCGCCUGCUUCCUGGCGCUGGAGGGCGCCGACGUGAGCUAUGCCAACCACCGCGGCCGCAGCCCGCUGGACCUGGCGGCCGAGGGCCGAGUGCUCAAGGCCCUGCAGGGCUGCGCCCAGCGCUGCCGGGAGCGGCAGGCGGGCGGGGGCGCGGCCCCGGGCCCUAGGCCCGCACUCGGCACCCCGAACACCGUGACGAACCUGCACGCCGUCGCCGCCACGGGGCCCGAAGCUGCCGAGUGCCUGGUGUGCUCGGAGCUGUCGCUUCUGGUGCUCUUCUCCCCGUGCCAGCACCGCACAGUGUGCGAGGAGUGCGCGCGCAGGAUGAAGAAGUGCAUCAGGUGCCAGGUGGUCAUCGGCAAGAAGCUGCGUGCAGACGGCUCGGAGGUGGCCGGCGCGCCGCGGCAGCUGGUGGAGGAGCUGCAGAGCCGCUACCGGCAGAUGGAGGAGCGCAUCACCUGCCCGAUCUGCAUGGACAGCCACAUCCGCCUCGUGUUCCAGUGCGGCCACGGCGCGUGCGCGCCCUGCGGCGCCGCGCUCAGCGCCUGCCCCAUCUGCCGCCAGCCCAUCCGCGACCGCAUCCAGAUCUUCGUGUGAGCCGCGCCCCCGCCCCGCACCUGCCCUCCAUAAAGCGUUUCUCGAACGUGGCCGC